AGCCAGCCGUCCCCGUUACGCACCGGCCGGACCGGAGGGGAGGAGGCAGAAGAGAACCCCGUGUUCCCCACCUCGUCAAGCUCCCAAUCCAUCCCUCUCUCCUCCGACGAUUCGUGCUCGUCCAAUUCUGGUGGGUGGUGGUAGACGGCCGACGACGAGGAUGAAUUCUAAGCGUAGGAGAAGUCAUAGUCCAGUUGAAUACAAGGAAGGUCGUGAUAAAGAUUAUGAGACUUCUGGAAGGAAGGAUAACUCAAGAGAUCUAGAAGAGUCAAAUGAUACUAGAUUAGGCAGAGGUCAUGAAUCGGGUAGGCACUCCUAUGGUACAUCACGUGAAUCUAAGAGGCAUGAUGACCAUAGGAGGUACCAUGAUAAGUACAGUGAUGAUUAUGGUAGGAGCCAUCCAAGAUCCUCUCGGUCAGAUCGCGAAUCAAGGGCUGAUACUUAUUAUGAUCGCUCAAAGCGUGAUAACACAUCUGGUAGAUCACGUGGUGACCAGCGAGAUGUUGACAGUAGGUAUGGAGAGAAAUCUGUCAACCGAGAUCAGAGGAGUAUAAAUGAAAGAAAGCAAGACUCCCCUCAUGCCUAUCAAAGGAAUGAUGUUGGAGAAUACAACAAAUAUACAGAUGCAAGAAAGCAAGAGUCCAGAGGUUCUGGAGACGACAGAGAUCAUCGUAGGGUUGUUGAUAAGAACAAAGAAACCAUCAAGGAGGAGGAAGUCCUAAAGAAGAGAAAUGGAAAGGAAAUUGAGAAAGAAACUUUGGUGGAAACUAGGGAGAAGAGAAGAAGUCUAUUCAGUUCUACUGGGCCAAAUGUUUAUAUCGCAGGGGAUGUCAAACCAUCCUCAGUCACAAAUGAAGCCUUGGAUAACUCUGCUGCCACCUUAGAUGAUGGUGUGAAUGCAGCUAAAGUUGCAGCUAUGAAAGCUGCCGAAUUAGUGAAUAGGAACAUUGCAGCAUUUGGUGCUGGAACUGGGCGCCUAUCCACUGAUCAGAAGAAAAAACUUCUUUGGGGCAACAAAAAGAGCAGUCCCUCAGAGGAGACUAGUAAUCGCUGGGACUUAAAUUUGUUUUCUGAUCGUGAGCGCCAAGAGAAAUUCAACAAACUCAUGGGUGUGAAGAGCAGUGCCCCAGUUCAGGAGAGCAAGGUCGAGAACAAGGACGGGAGCUCAGCCGAAGCCAAGAAGCUGGAGGAGCUCGAUACCAACCUGGAGAAGCAUUACAUAGCUGGACUCCGCCGGAGAGAUGGCAGGACCGUUGGUCUUGGCCUCUAGGGAACUCUGCUUGCAAAUGCUACGGUAUCGGAAAAUUCAGGAGCCUGCUAUGUACAAUCUUCAGUGGCUUGUUUAUUCUUGCAUGCAGACGGUUAACUAAGAGUUUUAUUUACCUGUGUUACUGUGAUAACUUAUUAUUCUGGAGGACUGGUUCACUGGUAUGUUUGCUUAUUAUUGAUCACAAGCUCCCGCAGCUAUUUUUUACUGCAAA